CUAUUGAUACUGCAUACCUACGUACCUCACUGUCCGGUACAGUGGAAAACUACUGGUAAGAUGGGAGACUGUCGUUUCGUGGGCUUUUUUGACACGCAACCUAACGGUUAGUAAGAUGGUUCAUGAUGUUCCGGAAUCCAUCAUUCUUCCUCCACCUCGUCGUGUCUCGUACGUACCGUACGUUCCUUUUUACGUCGCGUUUACAGUUCGUACUUCGUUGCCCGUUGACAGAAUACUACACUCAGAUCAUAUGAUUAGUACGUAUGUAGAUAGUAAUAUCAUGCACAAAAACUCCUUUCGGGCAAAAACAGACGUUCCUCAACUCGCCACAAAGGGCAACUUCGUACCGCUACCGGUACAUGAUUUAGUCGAAAAACGUGAUGUACGUAGCUCCUACGUACGGUGGGGACUUUUUCACUGCAAACAUAGCAUACUACCGGCCGGUACGUACGUACUAUCGUGCUACAGCAAACUCGUACCGUACGGUACGGUAAGGCUGAGCGGCAAAGAGCUUGACCAAAACCUUUCGUAUUGGACAAAGCUCGACCGACACGAAAACGAGCAAUUAAACCGAGCCAACCGAACGAACAAACAGGCAAACCAAUACGCACCAUGCACUCGACGAUCGCAAACGCGAUGGCCCGCKGGAAGGGCAAGACCAUCCCGAUCAAGCUCCUCUCCUCCGCGGGAACCGGCUUUUUCUACACGACGAGAAAGAACGUUUCCAACACGCAGCACAAGGUCGCCUUCGUCAAGUACGACCCUAUCGUUCAGAAGCGGGUCCUCUUCAAGGAGCACAAAAUCAAAUAAACACUGCAAAUCGGCCAACAGAAAAAACUAAGAAUAGUAACUACGUCGCAAUGAUACGACUCGACAAAAAAAUGCAAGCAAUCAUCCACGGCGUCGAUGGCGAGGCAGCGGCGUGGAAUGCAUCCAGUCUCGCAUCGGCUGAAGGACUUUUUGGGCAGGAUUCUUUUCAGUGAAUCGUCAUCGAUGCGAAAGGGAUUGUAGAUAAAGGGUCAAAGCUAAUCUGUGACAUUGCUAUUGGAUUUGAAAGAAGGGGAAAAAGAGAUCAUCUUCCGAGGCUGAGACCCAAUGAACACAUCAACAUUCAUUAUGGUGAUAUGAUACAGGAUCGGUGGGAUAUGUGUUCUUUACGAAUAGAUCAUAUGACCCUCCACAAGAAAAAUGCAGGGAAAAAUUGUGCAAAUACCUCUCUAUUGAUGGAGCUUAGCUACCAACCAUCUUUUCUACGAAACAUUUUAGUCCAUUGUUUUGCAUUGUUUCAGUAUAAACACUGUACUUAUUC